CCCGGUGCCUUCCCGCCCGGCGCGGCAUGGCGGGGCCGGUGGACUGCCACUGCCACCUGGCCGCGCCCUGCUUCCAGCCGGACGUGGCGGCCGUGGUGCGGGCGGCGGAGCAGGCGGCCGUGUCGGCGCUGGUGGUGGUGUCGGAGCAGGCGGGCGAGUUCCGGAGCGUCGUGGAGCUGGCGGAGAGAUUCCCAGGGUUUGUCUUGCCAUGCCUGGGAGUUCACCCCGUUCAAGAGGUUUCUCCAGAGGAGCAGCGCAGUGUUACUUUGAAGGAUCUGGAUGCUGCACUGCCUCUUAUAGAACUUUACAAAGACAAAUUGGUGGGGAUCGGAGAAGUUGGACUAGAUUUCACUCCCAGAUUUGCCAGCACCGAUGAACAGAAGGAAGAACAAAGACAGGUUUUGAUCAAGCAGAUUGAGCUGGCAAGAAGACUGGAUUUGCCUUUAAAUGUUCAUUCCCGCUCAGCUGGAAGACCAACCAUUAAUCUCUUGAAGGAACAAGGUGCUACCAAGGUGUUGCUCCAUGCCUUUGAUGGGAAGCCGUCUGUAGCCAUGGAAGGGGUGAAAGCUGGGUACUACUUCUCCAUUCCUCCUUCCAUUAUAAGGAGUGAGCAGAAGCAGAAGCUCGUGAAACAGCUGCCUCUGGAAAACAUGUGCUUGGAAACUGACUCUCCUGCUCUGGGGCCUGAAAAACAGGUGAGAAAUGAACCCAAAAAUAUUUACAUUGCUGCUGAAUACAUUGCCAAAAUUAAAGGAAUUCCAGUUGGAGAAGUUAUAGAAGUGACUACACAGAAUGCACUAAAAGUAUUCCCCAAACUUCAGCACUUUCUUCGGAUAUAGAUUCAGAAACUGAAAUAUAUGAUGUUGCGAAAAGUAUUACUUGUGGUGUAAUUAAUAAAAGCAACAUGCAUCUUGUGUUAAA